AUGAGAUCUGGGUCAGGUCCCCGAUCCAGCCUCCGCACUGGCGCUGGACGCACUGGGGUCUUUAUUGCACUCAGCAUCCUGCUGGAAAGGAUGCGUUGCGAGGGUGUCGUGGACCUCCUCCUCACCACCCGUCUUCUGCGGACGCAAAGGAACAACAUGAUCGAGAAUGUCGACCAGUACGCCUUUUGUUAUGCUGCCCUGCUGGAGUAUUUGGCUUCCUUUGAACACUAA